GAAUAGUUUCAGCCCCGACAGAAACUAAACGAUUGCGCAACUGUUUUGAGCACAACGUUCAUAGUGCAGCUGCGCCCACUUGCGAUCGAAUAGUUGCAAGUUCUCUCUUCCGAAGUGAACCAUGUUCCAUGCGCGAGAAGGUAAGCAAUUGAAUUCGUUCGUUUAUUUGCAUGAUUGAAUGAAAUUGAUGUUUUUACUAAAUGAUUGUAAUAUCGGAGCGGAGAUUUUAGGCCGUAAAUGUUUUCAAGAUAAUGAUCUAUAGUUAAAACCAUUACAAUUGGUCAUAAUAACUUUUUGACAAAAAAUAAAAUUUUUCUUUUUAAGAAUUCGAAGAUGACGGCGACUGGACGGAAAAGUUCAUUCAAGUUAUCCAAAGUAGACCUCCCAUAUUCAAUACACGGCUACCAGAACAUUCUGACCGGAAUUUAAUCUGUCGCCUGUGGGAAGAAAUUUAUGAAAUCAUGGUACCACGAUGGCAAGAAUUGACCCCAGCUCAAAAAUCAUCCAAAGGAAACAAAAUACAAAACAGGUGGAGGAAUCUGAAAACAUGUUUUCGCAGGGAACUCAACAAGCAGAAAGGCUCUUCGGGUCAGGCUGCAAGUAAGCGCAAAAAAUAUGUUUACUUUGACCAGUUACUGUUUCUCCUACCCACAAUGGAAGACAGGGCAACAGUAAGCGAAUGUACGUCCAUAGAAGAAGACUAUUCCGGAAGCGAUGAUGAGUCUCAAGUUAUUCAGGUAGAAGACCAAUCACAAAAUAAUGAAAUAAAAUUGAGUCAGCCGGGUCCUUCCACUCAAAAUCCACAACCAAUAAAUCCGACUACUAAUUCCACCCCAAGUAAACAUCUAACUACCCCGCUUGGUACUUCUACCCGAAAUAGACAACUGAUGACACCCAAACGUACAAUACCAUUAAAAAAAAAACGGAAACCUAUGAGGAAUCCUUACUAGCCAUUUUGAAAGAGAAAAAAGCAGAACCAAUCGAUGAAGACCAAUUCUUUCUUCUUUCAUUGGUACCAUCAUUCAAGAAAUUGAAUGAUGCACAGAAGCUUGAUGCUAAGAUGGAAUUUUUAUCGACAUUGAAACGUCUUACACAAACGAAUGAAACUUCUUACUAUCAAACCUCCCAAGGAUACAGGAAUCAUCAUAGUUAUGGGUAUCCUGCUUAUUCAGGCAAUUUAGUGUCACCAGCAAAUUUAUUUCGGACUUAUAAUAUCGAAAAUUAUCAAUCACAUUCCUCAACAUCUACACCAGCUUUGAGUGAAAUUUCGCAAAGAAGUUCUGCUAGUAGUUGUGAUCACCUCAUUUCCAUGGAGGUUCCAGACUUCA